AUGGACGAGUUCAAAAAGGCGGAAGCCAUAAACGUCAUGGAUGUUCCGAUCGAAAACAGGAAAGAGGUCGCUGAUUGCAAAGAAAAAAUGAAAGGCUACCAUCGCAGUGCGCAGGAGCGCUUUAUUAUUCUCAUGAAUAAAAUAAAAGGCACAACCAGACCAACUCAUGCAACUUCGCUUCCUGGUACUUCAAGUGCUCGCGUCGCUUCUCCUGGACGAAGAGGAGCUCGACUGAAUUCCGCACCAGCGAACCACAAUUCGAACGCGUGUCCAGCCAUUCCCCCUCGGCAACAGCUUCUCAGAGGAGUGGACCCCAAAUUCGGAGAGCGCCUACUGGAUGAAAUGCUUGAUCGAACAGGCGUUCGCUUUUCUGAUGUAAUAGGUUGUGAAUCAGCGAAGGAAGCACUGGAAGAGGCUGUAAUUUUACCAGCCUUGAAUCCGGGGCUAUUCAGUGGUCUUCGUCAGCCUGUAAAGGGUAUUCUGUUGUUUGGGCCUCCGGGUAACGGGAAGACGAUGCUCGCAAAGGCUGCCGCAUCGGAAGCGCGGCAAGUCUUCUUCAAUAUUUCAGCAGCUAGUUUAACUUCGAAAUGGGUAGGAGAUGCUGAAAAAACAAUACGUAGCCUUUUCCAAAUUGCCAGGAAUGCUCAACCAGCCAUUAUUUUCAUCGAUGAGAUUGACUCGAUAUUGUGCGAUCGUUCCGAGAAGGACACAGAAGUGUCUCGAAGAAUGAAAACUGAAUUUCUCCUCCAGUUCGAUGGCGCUACUAGUAAUCCUGAUGAUCGAAUCCUUGUUAUUGGAGCUACAAAUCGACCGCAUGAGCUUGAUGACGCCGUGUUGAGGUUUAUUUAUGCUUAUAUGGGUUGGAGUAGUUAUUUUGCUUUCCUUUCUGACUAUGCUGUUUCUUUUAAGUGCAGAUGUGUAUAG